UCUCCUUAUGUUUCUCUCUCUCUCUCUCUCUCUCUCUCUCUCUUAUACGGUUCCCCCAAAAAAGUCUAAGAUUUGAGUUUAUUGAGUUACACUGUGGCAACAUGGCGACUGUCAUUCACAAUCCACUAAAAGGGCUCGAAGAUCAGUUCUAUAAGGAGGCCAUCGAGCACUGUCGCAGCUACAACGCCCGCCUGUGUGCCGAGCGCAGCAUCCGAAUGCCGUUCCUUGACUCGCAGACGGGCGUGGCUCAGAACAACUGCUACAUCUGGAUGGAGAAGCGACACAGGGGACCAGGCCAGGCUGCGGGUCAGAUGUACACCUACCCCGCCCGCUGCUGGAGAAAGAAACGGCGACUGCAUCCCCCAAUCGACCCUCAGCUCAGACUGUGUGAACUCAGGCUUGAAGCUGAGUUGAUGUCGAAGAGAGAAACCCCCCCGGCGGAGCCCACAGCUCUGGAGGCUCUGAUCAGAGGAGACGGCUUUCUGGACAAAAGGAGCAACAGCUCCAAGGAGGAAGAGACUCUUCUGGAGAUUCAGAGGGUGCUCGAGGCUGAAGAAAACGGAGACGGUUUCCAUGACGACGAUGAGUUCGAAGUGGAGACGCCGAAGAGAAAGCAGAGAAAUAAAGGCAGGGGUCGAGGGUCGGGUCGUAAGAAGACGGAGGCGGUGACGGGAGACGAUCAGGACAAACCCUACGUGUGUGACAACAGAUACAAACAAAAGCAAAGCACUAAAAGUGCUGACUCAGUUUGUGGUAAGCGGUAUAAAAAUCGUCCUGGUCUGAGCUACCACUACACCCACACACACCUGGCGGAGGAAGAAGGUGAGGAGGAGAGAGAACCCGAGAUCCCUCAAUCACCACCGGAAAAUAAGACUCAAAAGCACAAGCUGCUGAAGAGACUCGGUGGUGGGGUCAUUGCUAAUGACUACUGCGACUUCUGUCUCGGAGACUCGGGUUCUAACAGGAAGACGGGCCAAGCUGAGGAGCUGGUGUCAUGCUCGGAUUGUGGACGCUCCGGCCACCCGACUUGCCUUCAGUUCACCGAGAACAUGAUGCAGGCGGUGAGGACGUACCAGUGGCAGUGUAUCGAGUGUAAAUCGUGCAGCCUGUGCGGAACCUCGGAGAACGACGAUCAGCUGCUGUUCUGUGACGACUGCGAUCGAGGAUAUCACAUGUACUGCCUCAAACCUCCCAUGACUCAGCCGCCUGAAGGAAGCUGGAGCUGCCAUCUUUGUUUGGACUUACUAAAGGACAAGGCGUCAGCUUUUGGAGAACCCUGAACACCAAGAACGGAGUUUCUCAUGAUCCGUGUCACGAUCCACACCGCACAUGCACACUCCGCUUGGAAGAUCUACCUCACAAAGCGAAUCCGAACGAGGCCGGUCCAAUUCAGUUUUAAAGCCAGUGGAAAUGAUCAUACGUACCGCCCCUUUAAAUACUGUACAUUAUACAAGGAUACAGUAUAUACUGCAAUAUAAAGUGUAACAUUUUGGUCAUGAUGCAUGUGUAUUCCAAAUGAUUAGUUAUAUCCCUGCUUUUUGUUCUCUAUUCCUGUCCGAAUGUUCUUGUCUCUUCGUCUUCUUCUCCUUCCCUUCCUGCGUUCUCUAUAAUGCAUUAGGAGCUCUAUUUUCAGAGCCAAUUUAUUAAAACCAGUCCUCACGUCUGCUGAAUAUUUUAUCUCUUCCUGGCAAGGACUACAGUCUGACAGACAAUGCAGUUUAAAGUAUUUUUUUUUUUUAUGUAUCAUCAAUCAGUCAAGUGUUUUUUGUAGUGAUAUUUUUUCCUGUUCGUCUGCUUUUGCUUUCUCUUACGAAAUUGUUGUCCCUGUCACUUUUUAUAUACAGUUUAAUAAAUGGAACUGAAAAAGA